GAGGUGAUUUUCAUGUACGUUUGGAUACAAACUGUGCAAUAUAAAUUGAUUGCAGGAAAAAUGUUAUCUAUAUAAUUUCAGAUAUUCACCAGGAAUAAUAUAAAGUAAACAAAGGCGUUGCUAAUUUAAGAGUAAUGCAGCCGAUGCUACCCCCUGAACCUUUGGGAAACCAAGAAGGACCAAGGAAGUGGUGUGUUCCUCAGAAUUCAGUGUAUUUCCUCAAGAUCCCGAAAUGCGCGUCCACUACUAGUUUCCAGAUUUUCGUUGCGUACGGAGUCAAGUACGGCCUGACCUUCGCCCUGCCGCCAGCACUGGAAGUGUCUCCGAGGGAUCUGCCGCCAGAGUAUCAUGGUUCUCCCGACGGUCGCUACAACAUGGUCGUAUCCCACACAGUAUUUAACAAGGAGAGAUCACAGCAGGUGAUGAAAGAAUUAGCCAAAUACGUCGCAGCUAUACGGGAGCCAGCAUCUCGCUUCGAGUCCAUGUGGUAUUUUGGAAGCUAUGAAAAGAAAUUUGGCAUGACUCUUUCUGCCUUUGCAAAAGCGUCACAUUACACAUCAGCUCAGAAGAGGAAAUUAAACACAAUCGCUACUUUUUUCGGAGUCAGAGAUCCCAGCGAUCGUGCAACAGAAAGUGAGAUGUAUAGCAAAGCAAAAGGGCUGAAUCAGAUCUUUGACUUGGUGAUGAUAGUUGAAAGGUUCGACGAGUCCUUGGUCCUCCUCAAGCACCUCAUGUGCUGGGACACUGAAGACGUGGCUUAUGUCAAAGCUAAGAUUCGGAGUCCGUCUUAUAGGCCUAAGGUCUCGGAGGCGGAGAAACACAGGCUUCGGGAACUGAACAGACAGGAUGUCAUUCUGUACAAGUUCUUCAGCGAAGUCUUUGAGGAAAAAGUGAAAGCCUUUGGGAAGGAAAGGAUGCGGAGGGAAGUCGAGGAUCUUCGCCAAGCAAAUGCUCGACUUCUGGAUGACUGCGGAGCUGAACUCACCGGAUCAUCCAACACUGUGAAAACUUGGCGAGUAACAAGCAACUCGAGUAUUUGUAAGAUGAUUUCAAUGAAUGAGCCUAAUAUUCUAAAUACAUUGAAAAGAAGACAAAAGAUAUGGGUCUCUAGCAACUUGACUUUCGACCUAUUAACAUGGACCUUCACCUCGUGAAAG